CAUCAUCAACAUGAACAAACGGAGGGCCUCAUCGAAGCGACACUACGAUCUCGGAGGCGAUGAUUCAGUGAUCAAAAAAAUAUUCACGGAGUUCCGGACAUAAUGCACUCUAUAUUUAAAAGAACCCAGAAUAAGGACUGCUUAUCCAUGGAGUCGGGGGUUGAUGAGGAGGAAAAUUCUCCGAGAAGCGUCUUCCGUUGGUCUACCUGGAAUUGCGCAAUGAAGUGGCGACUGCUUGGGAGGAGCCACUGGAUUAUUUUUCCCUGGAAGUUGAUGCGGAACUGAUGUCCAGUGUGCAUAAGUUAUUGGGUCUGAUGGCGACCCGGCGUAAGCUUUACUCUCCCGAGGAAUACUGCGCGCCGGAAACGGUGGAACCGACUUCGACGGACACUGAGCUCCUGAAUAUAUCCACUUUCUGGCUGCCGCAGCCAGUCAUGCUUCCCUCCAAGUCUGGUCAAGUCUGAAUCUAGCGAACCCCAAGCCCCCAACUCUGGAGGAGCAUCGGGCGAAGGAGCGCAACGAUAUCCUGCUGAAGACCGAUGCCAAUAUUACAGAGAUGCAGACGCCCGACUUCCUUAAAGAGAUCGAUCUGAGCGAGCUACCCAGCAGGGAGCAGAUAUCCGCCAAUUGUGGCCGGCACAAGAGCAGCAUCGCCUGCCUGGAGCGGCAUCCGAACUUUUACAGAUUCGUUGAGUCACUGAGCACCUCGGUCCCGAUCAACAUGUGCCAUCCGCUGGCGCUAACCUACCGGGAGAGGAGCUUCAAAGGCUGCAAGGACGAGCUGGCCAAGACCUUGUUCAACAUCUUCAACCACGCCAUCUUCCACUGCGGCCUCCAAGCGUCUAUCGUUUGGAAGAGCUCCUCGCGCACAUCCUGUCGAAGUGGGCUCAAAAUCAAUGCCUCUGGACAGCGGUCCGGCUGCAUCCUGCUGUGGAGGAAGAUAAGUCAGCCGGAGGUGCUCAUUAAGACGCUCCUGCACGAGAUGUGCCAUGCGGCGGCCUUUCUCUUUAAUCGGGAGACGGGUCACGGCGACAAUUGCCGCAGAUGGGCCUACCAGGCGAAGAGGUCAAUGCCUGAGCUGCCGACGAUCGGUGAUUGCGAACCCAAUUUCAAGUACACAUGCACCAUGUGCGCUCGGUGGUCUUACGGAUGGAUUGAUUUUGGGAAGAAUACGGUUCACUGUCACUACUGCCAGUUUGAGGUGGUCACAAGACCACUUCGGAAAGCGGAAAAGCACACGGGCUCCCGACCAGAUCGCACGGUAACUCCAUUCAAGGCCUUCAUUAGGGACAAUUACUUGAAGCUGGACGGGAUGGAGAUUAUUACGCACAGCGCAAAAAUGAGACUGCUUAACCAAGAGUUUUUAAAAACCAGAGUUCCACCUGGUUAAAGUGCUGCAUUUGGA